CAUAGAUGCUCCGGGUAUCUCGGAUGAUUUUUUUGCUUCGAUGUGCGUUGACAGGGUUUGAGGAUCUUCCUCUUGUCUCCUUGAUGCUCUCUCCUGUAAUCUCCAGUUUGCUCUUAUCCAUCACUUGGCUAAUAUACAGGUACAGUUAUGGGUCUGGGUGGAAAACGCCCGGCAACACCGCAUGUUUCAGUAUGAUUUUUUCAGGAAAGCGGUAGUCGGUGGCACAGUAUGGCAUGCGGCAUGCGCCGGCCACUUCCCAUUCUCAUUACCAAUGUCAGGGCCACAGGCUGUAGAGUUCUCUCUCGUUUCCUCCCUACAUUGGCUUGGGCUUGGCCGAAUUGAUUCUCGGUGCCGGUUGCCGGUCCCCCAAUCAGAUCCGGAUCGCUCUUCACCAUUCCACAUCGAGCCGUGUCGCCGCAACCACGUGCUUACAACUCCUAACCUUCGCAAUUUAUGGCACCAGCAAACACUUUCUAACUUAAAUCAACUUUGUUAACAUGAAUCGAUACGAGACAAUCAUGGUGCAUGUACUUACUGUGAAGGUUUAAUUUAUAUAGAGCGCGAUUUACGGUAAAAAUGACCGCGAGUUCGUCGACGGAAAACGUAGUCAAUGACGGCGCCAAAGGAGAGGGCGAAGGGCUGAAGUUGCAGAGGAGGAUCACGCUGUGGAAUGGAGUGGCGCUUAUUGUCGGUACUAUCAUUGGAAGCGGUAUCUUUGUAUCACCAACAGGAGUUUAUUCAGCUACUAAGUCUGUUGGUCUAUCGAUAUUUGUGUGGUGUGCUUCAGGAAUAUUUUCUACUUUGGGAGCUUUAUGUUAUGCCGAACUUGGAACAUCGAUAACACGAUCUGGCGGCGACUACGCCUACAUAACAGUGGCUUUUGGACCAUUGGCUGGAUUCCUGGUACUGUGGGUAUUUUUACUUAUCAUCAGGCCCACCACUCAAGCAAUUGUCGCUAUUACUUUUGCUGAAUACGCUGUCAAGCCUUUCUUUCCAGAGUGCAAACCUCCGGAGAAUGCUAUCAGGCUGCUAGCUGCCGUAUGUAUUUGCGUACUGACAGCAGUGAAUUGCUUGAGUGUAAGAUGGGCAAUGAGAAUACAAAGUAUUUUCACGGCUGCUAAAUUGGUGGCACUGGCAGCUAUCAUACUUGGUGGUUGCUAUUAUAUUUUCACAGGACACACUGAAAAUUUCAGCAACGCUUUCGAUGGAAAAUACGAAAUUACUGAAAUUGCGCUCAGUUUCUACUCAGGAUUAUUUGCAUUUGGAGGAUGGAACUUCCUCAAUUACGUUACAGAGGAGCUACAAGAUCCUUACAGAAAUCUCCCAAGGGCGAUAUGGAUAGCACUGCCUUUGGUAACAGGAGUUUACGUUUUGGCAAACAUUGCAUAUUUCGCAGUCUUGAGUGGUGUUGAAAUGGAAAGUUCACCUGCAGUAGCGUUAGCAUUUACUAUGAAAUUACUUGGCGGCUUUCAAUGGCUGGUAUCUGUCUGCGUAGCCCUAUCCACAUUUGGUGGGGUAAAUGGCAUUCUGUUCACCUCAGCUAGACUGUUCCUAACUGGAUCCCAAGAAGGGCAUUUGCCAGAUCUGUUAUCAUUCAUACACGUGAAACGAACAACGCCAAUACCUAGUUUAAUAUUCACAUGUGUAACCUCUCUGGUAAUGCUAACCAUUAGCGACGUCAUAGAACUGAUCAACUACUAUGGACAAAUACUCUGGUUGACUACAGCAGCAGCCAUUGCUGGUCAGUUGUGGCUGAGACAUUCACAACCAAAUUUACCCCGACCAAUUAGGGUUAACACGGUUGUGCCUGUCACGUUCCUAUUGUGCUGCGUAUUCCUGGUAUUGUUUCCUGUUCCUAGGCAACCGGGAAAGACUGCUAUUGGAUUGGCUAUCACUGCAUCUGGUAUUCCAGUGUAUUAUUUGUGUGUCAAAUGGAAGAACAAACCUCAAGGCUAUCACAGGUUCCUUCAAAAGAUCACAAUAUACACACAAAAGCUGAUGGAAGUCACGUAUCCCCAGGCGACUGAAAUGCUUUCUCAGUCUUAAUUUUCAGCUUUUGUCGUGGAACAGUGAAGAUUUUCCAGAUAAUGAUAUUUAUUUUUGUAACGUCUAUGUUAAUUUAAAGUGGUAAAAAGUGUGUUGAGUAAUAUAAAUUGCGAUACCAGGUUUCAGGUAAAUAGAAACUGCUGAAAUACAAUUUCUGGAAUGACAUUUGCGCGUCUGAGAAACUGAACUGUGGAUUAUAAGCGCCACUAGAGUUACGUCUGAGUUUGAAAUAAGUUGUAUCAUAAAUAGAAAUGACCAAUGCACUUUCGAAGUUUUCACUAUUUAUUAUAGUCAUAUAUUUUUGUAUCUCACUUUAUGUACAUUUCUUAAUGAACAUCGUUGGACCAAUUUUGUGAUAUUUAAUAUAAUUAUACACAUUUUUGUUGAUUAUUUAAUUCCAUUUUUGGAGUCGGAAUCGAACAUUAUGUAUUUUAUUAUAUAGGAAUCAGAUAUUCAAAGAAAUAAAUAAAUGUAUACUGCUAUAUUCAAGC